CAGCGUCGGAAAGUGGAAAAUUAAAUAAAAAUGAAAGUGGAUCGAACUAAGCUGAAGAAAACGCCUACUGAGGCACCCGCAGAUUGCAGAGCCUUGAUUGACAAGCUCAAGGUUUGUAAUGAUGAGCAGCUGCUGCUGGAACUGCAACAGAUCAAAACAUGGAAUAUUGGGAAGUGUGAACUUUACCACUGGGUGGACCUGCUCGACAGAUUCGAUGGCAUCCUGGCAGAUGCUGGGCAGACGGUGGAGAACAUGUCAUGGAUGCUGCUGUGCGACCGGCCAGAGAGAGAGCAGCUGAAAUCCCUGCUUUUGUCAGUGCUGAACUUCACUGCCCUCCUCAUAGAAUACAGCUUUUCUCGCCACCUGUACAGCUCUAUCGAGCAUUUGACAACCUUGCUGGCGUCCUCUGAUAUGCAAGUGGUCCUCGCCGUGCUGAACCUCCUGUAUGUGUUCAGCAAGCGCUCCAACUACAUCACCCGCCUGGGCUCCGACAAGAGGAUGCCUCUCCUGUCCCGCCUGCAGCAUUUGGCUGAGAGCUGGGGUGGCAAAGAAAAUGGCUUUGGCCUAGCAGAAUGCUGUAGAGAUUUGCACAUGCUGAAAUACCCUCCCAGUGCAACUACACUACACUUUGAAUUCUAUGCAGAGCCAGGGGCCGAGGUCAAAGUGGACAAAAGGACUACGAGCAACACACUACAUUAUAUUCACAUAGAACAGCUCGACAAGAUCUCAGAAAGCCCCUCAGAAAUUAUGGAAUCCCUCACCAAAAUGUACAGCAUCCCAAAGGAUAAGCAGAUGCUGCUGUUUACACACAUUCGUCUGGCCCAUGGCUUUUCCAAUCAUAAAAAGCGGUUGCAAGCUGUUCAAGCCAGACUGCAUGCCAUUUCUAUAUUAGUGUAUUCGAAUGCCUUGCAGGAAUCCGCCAACAGUAUACUGUACAACGGGUUGAUAGAAGAACUAGUGGACGUUCUGCAAAUAACAGACACGCAGUUAAUGGACAUCAAAGCUGCCUCGCUAAGGACGCUGACUUCCAUUGUGCACUUGGAGCGGACUCCAAAACUCAGCAGUAUUAUUGACUGCACUGGAACUGCCUCCUACCAUGGGUUUUUGCCCGUCCUGGUCCGGAACUGCAUACAGGCCAUGAUCGAUCCUUCCAUGGAGCCAUAUCCUCACCAGUUUGCCACGGCGCUCUUCUCGUUCUUGUACCACCUGGCAAGCUAUGACGCAGGGGGUGAAGCCCUAGUCUCUUGUGGCAUGAUGGAAGCCUUAUUGAAGGUGAUCAAGUUCUUGGGUGACGAACAGGACCAGAUCACGUUUGUGACCCGAGCCGUCCGCGUAGUGGACUUAAUCACAAACCUAGACAUGGCAGCUUUCCAGUCUCACAGCGGCCUCUCUAUCUUCAUCUACAGACUAGAGCAUGAGGCAGACCUGUGCCGCAGGGAAUGUCCCUUCGUAAUAAAGCCAAAGAUCCAGAGACCAGCCGCUGCCACAACCCAAGAGGGGGAAGAGAUGGAGACGGACAUAGAAGUUUCCGAUGUAGCCAUGGAGAGCAGCCCUGGGCCUUCCACUUCUGCAGAGCCUCGGCCAGAAGCCGUGGUCGAAGCCAGGGCUCCCAGUGCCCUCACUCCCAGCAGCAGCAGUGGCAGCGGCAGCACCAACACCGUCGUCUCAUCCCGCAGUGGGGUCCAGUGUAUCCCUCAGCGGGCCGCGCUUCUCAAGUCUAUGCUGAACUUCCUGAAAAAGGCCAUCCAAGACCCAGCUUUCUCAGACGGCAUACGCCACGUGAUGGAUGGCUCUCUGCCUACCUCUCUGAAGCACAUCAUCAGCAAUGCAGAAUAUUAUGGGCCAUCACUCUUCUUGCUUGCCACUGAGGUGGUAACGGUCUUCGUGUUCCAAGAGCCUUCACUGCUGUCCUCCCUACAGGACAACGGCCUAACAGAUGUCAUGUUGCACGCGCUCCUUAUCAAAGAUGUUCCUGCCACACGGGAAGUUUUGGGUUCUCUCCCCAAUGUCUUCAGUGCCCUCUGCCUGAACGCUCGUGGCCUCCAAUCCUUUGUCCAGUGUCAGCCUUUCGAGCGCCUCUUCAAAGUGUUGCUCUCGCCCGACUACCUGCCCGCAAUGCGGAGGCGCCGCAGUUCGGAUCCGCUCGGGGACACGGCUUCCAAUCUCGGGAGCGCCGUGGACGAGCUCAUGAGGCACCAGCCCACGCUCAAGACAGACGCAACCACAGCCAUCAUUAAGCUCCUGGAAGAGAUCUGCAACCUGGGCCGAGACCCAAAGUACAUCUGCCAGAAGCCCUCCAUCCAGAAGGCGGACGGGACGGCCACUGCUCCUCCCCCUCGCUCAACUCACGCGGCCGAGGAAGCCUCCAGCGAGGACGAAGAGGAGGAGGAGGUGCAAGCCAUGCAGAGCUUCAACGCCACGCAGCAGAGUGAGGCAGAGGCCAGCCAGCAGGUGGUCGGCACGGAGGAACGGAUACCCAUCCCACUCAUGGAUUACAUCCUCAAUGUGAUGAAAUUUGUGGAGUCCAUCCUCAGCAACAACACGACGGACGACCACUGCCAGGAGUUUGUGAACCAGAAGGGCCUGCUGCCUCUCGUCACCAUCUUGGGCCUGCCCAACCUCCCCAUAGAUUUCCCCACCUCGGCGGCCUGCCAAGCCGUAGCCGGAGUCUGCAAAUCGAUAUUGACCCUCUCCCACGAACCGAAGGUCCUUCAGGAAGGGCUGCUCCAGCUGGACUCCAUCCUUUCUUCCCUGGAGCCUCUGCACCGGCCCAUCGAGGCACCGGGCGGCUCGGUCCUGCUGCGGGAGCUGGCGUGCGCGGGCAACGUCGCCGACGCCACCCUUUCGGCCCAGGCCACGCCCUUGCUCCAUGCCCUCACCGCCGCCCACGCGUACAUCAUGAUGUUUGUCCACACCUGCCGGGUGGGACAGAGCGAGAUCAGAGCCAUUUCGGUUAACCAGUGGGGAUCGCAGCUGGGCCUGAGUGUCCUGAGCAAGCUGAGCCAGCUCUACUGUUCCUUGGUGUGGGAGAGCACCGUGCUGCUGUCGCUAUGCACUCCAAACAGUUUGCCUUCUGGCUGUGAAUUUGGCCAAGCCGAUAUGCAAAAACUGGUCCCGAAGGAAGAGAAAACUACCCCCACCGCCACCCAAGGAGCCAAAAAAGCCGAUGGUGAACCGGAAGCAAUGGCAGCCGGGAGCAUGGAAGCCUCUGCCCAAGGCCUGCUGGAAGGAAUCGGCCUGGACGGCGACACCCUGGCCCCGAUGGAGACGGACGAGCCCAGUUCCUCUGACCCGAAGGGGAAGUCCAAGAUCACCCCGGCCAUGGCAGCCAGGAUCAAGCAGAUCAAGCCACUUUUGUCAGCGUCCUCCAGGCUAGGCCGUGCCUUGGCCGAACUGUUUGGGCUGCUGGUCAAACUGUGUGUGGGCUCCCCGGUGCGGCAACGCCGGAGCCACCACGCCGCCAGCACCACGACGGCGCCCACGCCCGCAGCUCGCUCCACGGCCUCGGCGCUGACGAAGCUGCUCACCAAGGGGCUUUCUUGGCAGCCCCCACCUUACACCCCCACCCCCCGCUUCCGGCUGACUUUCUUCAUCUGCUCUGUGGGCUUCACGUCACCCAUGCUGUUUGAUGAGAGGAAGUAUCCCUACCACCUUAUGCUGCAGAAGUUCCUGUGCUCGGGGGGCCAUAACGCACUCUUUGAGACUUUCAACUGGGCCCUCUCCAUGGGGGGCAGAGUCCCCGUCGCCGAGGGGCUGGAGCAUCCGGACUUGCCCGACGGCACAGGGGAGUUCCUGGACGCCUGGCUUAUGCUGGUGGAGAAAAUGGUGAAUCCGACCACCGUGCUGGAGUCGCCCCACUCCUUGCCUGCUAAGCUGCCAGGUGGGCAGAACUACCUGCAGUUCAGUGCUCUGCGUUUCCUUGUGGUGACCCAGAAGGCGGCCUUCACGUGCAUCAAAAACUUGUGGAACCGCAAGCCCCUGAAGGUCUACGGGGGCCGCAUGGCGGAGUCCAUGUUGGCCAUCCUGUGCCACAUCCUGCGCGGGGAGCCCGUCAUCCGGGAGCGCCUCGGGAAGGAGAAGGAGGGCACUCGCAACGAGGAAGAGGCCGGGCAGGAGGAGGGCGGGGCCCGGAGGGAGCCUCAGGUGAACCAACAGCAGCUGCAGCAGUUGAUGGACAUGGGCUUUACACGGGAGCACGCCAUGGAGGCACUGCUGAACACCAGCACCAUGGAACAAGCCACGGAAUACCUGCUGACCCACCCUCCUCCACUCAUGGGCGGGGUUGUGAGGGAUCUGAGCAUGUCUGAAGAAGACCAGAUGAUGAGGGCCAUUGCCAUGUCCCUGGGACAGGACAUCCCCAUGGAUCAGAGAGCAGAAUCCCCAGAGGAAGCCGCUUGUCGAAAGGAGGAAGAGGAGCGCAAGGCCCGGGAGAAGCAGGAGGAGGAGGAAGCCAAGUGCCUGGAGAAGUUCCAGGACGCUGAACCCCUGGAGCAAGAGGAGCUGCACAACUUCACCGACACCAUGCUUCCUGGCUGCUUCCACCUGCUGGAUGAGCUCCCGGACACCGUGUACCGCGUCUGCGACCUCAUCAUGACGGCCAUCAAGCGUAACGGGGCCGACUACAGGGACAUGAUUCUCAAGCAAGUGGUGAAUCAGGUGUGGGAAGCUGCCGACGUCCUCAUCAAAGCCGCGUUGCCCCUGACCACCAGCGACACCAAGACCGUCUCCGAGUGGAUCAGCCAGAUGGCCACCUUGCCCCAGGCCUCCAACCUGGCCACGCGCAUCCUGCUGCUAACUUUGCUCUUCGAGGAGUUGAAGCUGCCUUGCGCGCGAGUGGUGGAGUCCAGUAACAUCCUCAACAUCUUGAUCAAGCUUCUGGAAGUGGUGCAGCCCUGCCUGCAGGCAGCCAAGGAGCAGAAGGAAGUGCAAACACCAAAGUGGAUUACCCCAGUGUUGUUGCUGAUUGACUUCUACGAAAAGACGGCCAUCUCCUCCAAGAGGAGGGCCCAGAUGAACAAGUACCUGCAGGCCAACGGCAACAACUGGCGCUGGUUCGACGAUCGCUCCGGCCGCUGGUGCAGCUACAGCGCGAGCAACAACAGCACGAUCGACACGGCGUGGAAAGCGGGCGAGACCAGCGUUCGCUUCACCGCCGGUCGCCGACGCUACACGGUGCAGUUCACCACAAUGGUGCAGGUGAACGAAGAAACCGGGAACAGGCGUCCGGUGAUGCUGACCUUGCUCAGGGUACCCCGGCUGAACAAGAGCACCAAGGAAGCCAAUGGACAAGAGCUGGAGAGAACCUUGGAGGAGGGGAAGGAAGUCGAAAGCAAACCAAAGGAGGAGAAGGCCAAUGAUAGCCCUGUGCCUGUCGAUAACCUGGCCCCCGAGAAGGAAGCGCCUUUGGACGAGGCCAAGCCCUCGGAGAUCCUCAUCCAGGGUUUGGCGGAGGAGAUGGUGAUGGUGUUGAUCCGGGCCUGCGUCAGCAUGCUGGGCGUGCCCGUGGACCCCGACACGCUGCACGCCACGUUGCGCCUCUGCCUGCGCCUCACCCGCCACCACAAGUAUGCCAUGAUGUUUGCCGAGCUCAAGAGCACCCGCAUGAUCCUGGGCUUGACGCAGAGCUCCGGCUUCAACGGCUUCACACCUCUUGUCACCCUGCUCUUCCGGCACAUCAUUGAAGACCCCUGCACGUUGCAUCACACCAUGGAAAAGGUGGUGCGCUCAGCAGCAACCAGUGGGGCCGGCAGCACUACUUCAGGCGUCGUGUCGGGUAGCCUGGGCUCUCGGGAGAUUAAUUACAUCCUGCGGGUGCUGGGUCCAGCUGCUUGCCGCAACCCGGAGAUCUUCACCGACGUGGCCAACAGUUGCAUCCGCAUUGCCUUGCCUGCUCCCCGGGGAUCAGUUACCGCUUCGGACGACGAGUUCGAGAACCUGCGGAUCAAGGGCCCCAACGCUGUACAGCUGGUGAAGACCACUCCCGUGAAGUCCUCGCCUCUCCCCGUCAUCCCCGACACCAUCAAGGAGGUGAUUUAUGACAUGCUGAACGCCCUAGCUGCCUACCAUGCCCCUGACGAAGCAGCUGAAAAGUCGGAGCCAAAGGUGGCCACCGUCAACCAGGAAGUGAGCCAGAUCCUGCAAGACAUGGGCGACGAUGUGUACCAGCAGUACCGGUCUUUGACCCGUCAGGGCAGCGACUUUGACUCCCAGACGGGCUUUGGCAUCAACGCUCAAGUUUUUGCAGCUGAUAGUGCAGCAGCGGAGACUCCUCAGUCUGGGACCCCCCAAGGAGAUGCUUCCACUCCGGAAGACUCGAGGGAAAACAAGAAGGACAAAGAGGGCGACAAGGCAGCUGAGGAGAGCAAGCAGAAGGCCAAGGGGAGCAAGCCGCUCAUGCCCACCUCCACCAUCCUGCGCCUGCUGGCGGAGCUGGUGCGUUCCUACGUGGGCAUUGCCACCUUAAUCGCCAACUACAACUACACCGUCGGGCAGUCUGAGCUCAUUAAAGAGGACUGUAGCGUGCUGGCCUUCGUUCUGGACCACCUGCUCCCUCACACCCAAAACGCAGAAGACAAAGACACGCCAGCCUUGGCCCGCCUCUUCCUGGCUAGUUUGGCUGCGGCAGGCAGCGGCACGGAUGCCCAGGUGGCUCUGGUGAACGAGGUGAAGGCAGCUUUGGGACGGGCUCUAGCCAUGUCUGAGAGCACCGAGAAACACGCCAGGCUGCAGGCGGUCAUGUGCAUCAUCAGCACCAUCAUGGAGUCGUGCCCCUCCACCUCCAGUUUCUACAGCAGCGCCACCGCCAAGACGCAGCACAACGGCAUGAACAACAUCAUCCGCCUCUUCCUCAAGAAGGGGCUGGUCAGCGACUUGGCCAGGGUGCCUCACAGCCUGGAUCUCUCCAGCCCCAACAUGGCCAACACAGUGAACGCGGCCUUGAAGCCCCUGGAGACGCUGUCGCGGAUUGUCAACCAGCCCAGCAGUCUCUUCGGCAGCAAGAGCGCCUCGAGCAAGAGCAAGGCGGAGCAGGACGCUCAGGGGACGGCACAAGACGUGAACAGCGGCCAGCAAGAUGCGGGAGAAAGUGGAGAAGCAGAAGCCCCCGAGGAGGACCAUGACGUCGCCCAGGCCGAGGUAGCGGACGGUGACAUCAUGGACGGUGAAGCGGAGAGCGAUGCCGUGGUGAUCGCUGGGCAGCCUGAAGUGUUGAGCACGCAAGAGAUGCAGGUGGAAAACGAGCUAGAGGAUCUGAUCGACGAGUUAUUGGAUCGAGAUGGCGGCUCAGGGAACAGCACCAUAAUUGUGGGCCGAAGUGGAGAGGAUGAAUCUCAGGAGGACGUGCUGAUGGAUGAGGCACCUUCCAAUCUGAGCCAAGCUUCCACCUUGCAGGCCAACAGGGAAGAUUCCAUGAACAUCUUGGAUCCUGAGGAUGAAGAGGAACACACCCAGGAAGAAGACAGCAGUGGCAGCAAUGAGGACGAAGAUGACAGUCAGGAUGAGGAAGAGGAGGAGGAGGAGGAAGAUGAAGAUGACCAGGACGACGAAGAAGGUGAGGAAGGCGAAGAGGAGGAAGAUGACGACGACGGCUCUGAGAUGGAAUUAGACGAAGAUUACCCUGACAUGAAUGCCUCCCCACUGGUGCGUUUUGAGCGCUUUGACCGGGAAGAUGACCUCAUCAUAGAGUUUGACAACAUGUUCUCCAGUGCCACGGAUAUUCCACCGUCGCCUGGCAACAUUCCCGCCACUCAUCCGCUCAUGGUACGGCACGCGGACCACAGCUCCUUGACCUUGGGCAGCGGCUCCUCCACCACCCGACUGGCCCAGGGCAUCGGUCGCAGCCAGAGGACGCUUCGGCAGCUGACGGCGAACACCGGCCACACCAUCCACGUGCAUUACCCUGGCACCCGGCAGCCCAACCCACCUCUCAUCUUACAGAGGCUCCUAGGCCCUUCGGCCGCCGCAGACAUCCUUCAGCUGAGCAGCAGCCUCCCACUCCAGAGUCGAGGCCGAGCCCGCCUCCUGGUCGGCAAUGACGACGUGCACAUCAUCGCUCGCUCGGACGAUGAGCUGCUGGACGACUUCUUCCACGACCAGAGCACCGCCACCAGCCAGGCAGGGACCUUAUCGAGCAUCCCAACGGCCCUGACCCGCUGGACGGAAGAAUGUAAAGUACUUGAUGCAGAAAGCAUGCACGAUUGCGUUUCAGUGGUGAAAGUUCCCAUCAUCAAUCACCUGGAGGCCCUGAGGGACGAGGAGCUCGAGGAGCGGCGAGAGAAGAGACGCAAGCAGCUGGCCGAGGAGGAGGCAAAGGGGGCGGACAAGGCCAAGGAGACGGAGGACAAGGAGCAGAACGCCCAGGGGCCGGUACCCCAGGCGAACGGUUCCGCCGAGCAGAACCUCCCAGAUGGCACCGCCCACCCGGAUGGCUAUCCCGCUGCCCCGACUGCAGCCGAAGAUCCCUCAGCCGGCCCCAAGCAGACCCUGGUCACUCUGGAGAGCCCGCAGCAGCCGGCGGCGGCAGCAACAGGGGCAGGAGAGCUCCCCUCCGAGCUGGUGGGGCAGACCAGCGCCCAAGCUUCUGGGCAGCUGCUGAUGCCCGUGGAGCAGGAGGACUCGGGCCCCGGGAGGCCGAGCGGAGACGCUGAGGCCACGCAGAUGGAGCUUUCUCCCGCCCCCACCAUCACUUCCCUGUCCCCCGAGCGAGCCGAAGAUUCCGAUGCCUUAACGGCCGUGAGCAGCCAGCUGGAGGGCUCGCCCAUGGACACCAGCAGCCUCGCCUCCUGCAACCUCGAAGACGGUGUCGGCGAUGGCGGCGGGGUCGGCGGCCCGGAGCAGGCGGGGGGCUCAGGCCCCGUUGCAGCGACGGCCGACGUGGCCCAGCAAGGUCCCAACGCCCAGGUCGUCCGGGAGGGCCAGCCUGACCCCAGCCAGCAGGUGGAGGAUGGUUCCCCGCCCGCCUCCUCGUCCGAGAGCUCCUCCACCCGGGAUUCGGCUGUGGCCAUCUCAGGAGCCGAUUCCCAAGGCAUCUUAGAAGAACCGCUGCCCUCCACCAGCAGCGAGGAGGAGGAUCCUUUGGCAGGGAUAAACCUCCCCGAGGGAGUCGACCCAUCCUUUCUGGCCGCAUUGCCCGACGACAUCCGGCGCGAGGUGCUGCAGAACCAGCUGGGCAUCCGACCUCCUGCUCGGACCGUUCCCACCACUACGGCUACAACACCGACCCCGCCUGUGGUGGGCAACCCUGGCGUGACAGAAGUCAGUCCCGAGUUUCUGGCCGCAUUGCCUCCAGCGAUCCAAGAGGAAGUGCUGGCCCAGCAGCGAGCGGAGCAGCAGCGGCGGGAACUGGCCCAGAGCACCAGCUCCGACACGCCCAUGGACCCAGUGACCUUCAUCCAGACGUUGCCGUCAGAUCUGCGCCGCAGCGUACUGGAGGACAUGGAGGACAGUGUCCUGGCGGUCAUGCCUCCGGACAUUGCCGCUGAGGCCCAAGCUCUGCGGCGCGAGCAGGAAGCACGCCAACGCCAGCUCAUGCACGAGCGCCUCUUUGGCCACUCCAGUACCUCAGCCUUGUCUGCCAUCUUGCGUAGCCCAGCCUUCACAAGCCGAUUGAGUGGGAACAGAGGAGUCCAGUAUACGCGCUUGGCUGUACAGAGAGGAGGUACCUUCCAGAUGGGUGGUACCAGCAGCCACAGCAGGCCCUCUGGCAGCAACGUGGACAGCCUGCUGCGUCUGCGGGGGCGCCUCCUGCUGGACCACGAGGCCUUGUCCUGCCUGCUGGUGCUCCUUUUUGUGGACGAGCCCAAGCUGAACACAAGCCGGCUCCACCGGGUGCUACGGAACCUCUGCUACCACGCGCAGACGCGCAGCUGGGUGAUCCGCAGCCUGCUCUCCAUCCUCCAGCGCAGCAGCGAGAGCGAGCUGUGCAUAGAGACUCCCAAAGGAGCUGCCGCCCCCGACGACAAAGGCAAGCGUGCCGCCAAGGCCUGUGCCUCCGACAGCCGCCCACUGGACCUCCUGCACAAGAUGGAGUCCAAGAGCUCGGGGCAGCUUUCCUGGCUCUCGGUCUCCAUGGACGCCGCCCUGGGCUGCCGAACCAACAUCUUCCAGAUCCAGCGAGCGGGAGGGCGGAAGCACACGGAGAAGCAUGCCGCCGCUGGCUCCACUGUCCACAUACACCCCCAGGCCGCUCCCGUGGUCUGCCGGCAUGUCCUCGAUACGCUCAUCCAGCUCGCCAAGGUGUUCCCCAGCCACUUCACACAGCAGCGGACCAAAGAGACCAACUGUGAAAGCGAGCGGGAGCGGGGCACCAAGCAGUCGGGCAGCCCUUGCCCGGGCCAGACGGGCUCCAGCGGCAUCUCCACUGACUUUUGGGACUUGCUGGUCAAACUGGACAACAUGAACGUUAGCCGCAAGGGGAAGAACUCCAUCAAGUCCGUGCCUGUGAGCUCCGGCUUGGAGGGGGAGAGCUCCCCCUACAGCCUGGAGGCCUCUCCCCUGGGCCAGCUGAUGAACAUGCUCUCCCACCCGGUCAUCAGGCGGAGCUCCCUGCUGACCGAGAAGCUGCUGCGCCUCCUCUCCCUCAUCUCCAUCGCUCUGCCCGAGAACAAGGCCGCGGCCGAGGGAGCCGCCAACCACGCCGCCGCCGCUGCCUCUGCCACCACCAGCACCACCCCGGCACCCGCUCCUGCCCCUGCCCUGGCUGCAGCAGCCGCCGUGGCUGCUGCCACAGCCGCCGCCACCGCUGCUUCUAUCGCCUCCUCUGGUGCCGCCACAGUAACCGCCACAUCUGCUGCCCCCAUCACUGUGACCACUAUCGCAAAAAACAGCAAAUCGCCAGCCAAGGUGAGCGACGGGGGAGGCGGAGGCGGGCCUGACAGCAAAAUGGCCGCCUCGGGCCUAACGGAGAACCAGCUACAGCUCUCUGUGGAGGUAUUGACGUCCCACUCCUGCUCCGAGGAAGGCCUGGAAGACGCCGCCAACGUCCUCUUGCAGCUGUCGCGGGGCGACCCAGCGACACGGGAUACUGUCCUCAAGCUGCUGCUGAACGGAGCCCAUCAGCUGGGCUACACGCUCUGCAAGCAGAUAGGUACUCUUCUGGCAGAGUUGCGGGAGUACAACCUGGAGCAGCAACGCCGGGCCCAGUGCGAGUCCCUGUCUCCGGAUGGGCUUCCUGAGGAGCAGCCCCAGACGACCAGAUUGAAAGGCAAGAUGCAGAGCAGGUUUGACAUUGCCGAGAACGUGGUGAUCGUCGCCUCGCAGAAGCGUCCGCUGGGCGGCCGGGAGCUCCAGCUGCCCUCCAUGUCCAUGCUGACCUCCAAGACCUCCACGCAGAAGUUCUUCCUGCGGGUGCUGCAGGUCAUCAUCCAGCUGCGGGACGACACGCGCCGGGCCAACAAAAAGGCCAAACAGACAGGCAGGCUAGGUACUUCCGGUCUGGGCUCAGUUAGCAGCAUCCAGGCCGCUGUUCGGCAGCUGGAGGCUGAGGCUGACGCCAUUAUACAAAUGGUACGUGAGGGUCAGAGGGCCCGGAGGCAGCAACAAGCAACAACGUCGGAAUCGAACCAGGCGGAGGGCUCGGUGAGGAGAGACGAGUCGCCCAUGGACGUGGACCAGCCGUCACCCGCCACGCAAGACGCCCAGUCCGUCGCAUCGGAAGGCUCCCAGCAGGGCGAGAAGGAGAAGGAAGAACGUCCUCCGGACCUGCCGCUGCUCAGCGAGCAGCUUAGCCUGGACGAGUUGUGGGACAUGCUGGGCGAGUGUCUCAAGGAGCUGGAAGAGUCCCACGACCAACACGCCGUGCUCGUGCUGCAGCCUGCCGUGGAGGCCUUCUUCCUGGUGCACGCCACCGAGAGGGAGAGCAAGCCGCCCGUGCGCGACACCCGGGAGAGCCAGCUGGCCCACAUCAAGGACGAGCCUCCGCCCCUCUCGCCCGCCCCCCUGACGCCUGCCACGCCCUCUUCCCUGGACCCCUUCUUCUCCCGCGAGCCCUCUUCCAUGCACAUCUCCUCCAGCCUCCCCCCGGACACCCAGAAGUUCCUUCGUUUUGCAGAGACCCACCGCACUGUGCUGAACCAGAUCCUGCGGCAGUCCACCACCCACCUGGCCGACGGCCCCUUCGCUGUCCUCGUUGACUACAUCCGCGUGCUGGACUUCGAUGUCAAACGGAAGUAUUUCCGGCAAGAGCUGGAGCGACUGGACGAGGGGCUCCGGAAAGAAGACAUGGCGGUGCAUGUGCGCCGGGAUCACGUUUUUGAGGAUUCUUACCGGGAGCUGCACCGCAAGUCACCGGAGGAAAUGAAAAAUAGAUUGUACAUCGUAUUCGAAGGGGAAGAAGGCCAGGACGCCGGAGGCCUGCUGCGCGAGUGGUACAUGAUCAUCUCGCGGGAGAUGUUCAACCCCAUGUACGCGCUCUUCCGCACGUCGCCCGGGGACCGGGUCACCUACACCAUCAACCCUUCCUCUCACUGCAACCCCAAUCACCUGAGCUACUUCAAGUUCGUCGGCCGCAUCGUGGCCAAGGCGGUGUACGACAACCGGUUGCUGGAGUGCUACUUCACUCGCUCCUUCUACAAACACAUCCUGGGCAAAUCGGUCAGGUACACAGACAUGGAGAGCGAGGAUUAUCACUUCUACCAAGGUCUGGUGUACCUCCUGGAGAAUGACGUCUCCACUCUGGGCUAUGACCUCACCUUCAGCACUGAGGUGCAAGAAUUUGGGGUGUGUGAGGUGCGGGACCUGAAGCCUAACGGCGCCAACAUCUUGGUGACGGAAGAGAACAAGAAAGAGUAUGUGCACCUGGUGUGUCAGAUGCGAAUGACAGGAGCGAUCCGCAAGCAGCUAGCCGCCUUCCUGGAGGGCUUCUACGAGAUCAUCCCCAAGCGCCUCAUCUCCAUCUUCACGGAGCAAGAGCUGGAGCUGCUGAUCUCAGGGCUGCCCACCAUCGACAUCGACGACCUGAAAUCCAACACUGAGUACCACAAAUACCAGGCGAAUUCUAUCCAGAUCCAGUGGUUCUGGCGAGCGCUGCGCUCCUUCGACCAGGCAGACCGGGCGAAGUUCCUGCAGUUUGUCACGGGCACAUCCAAGGUGCCUUUGCAGGGCUUUGCUGCCCUGGAGGGCAUGAACGGGAUCCAGAAAUUCCAGAUCCACAGAGACGACCGCUCUACAGACAGAUUGCCUUCUGCUCACACGUGUUUCAACCAGCUGGACCUCCCUGCCUACGAAAGCUACGAGAAAUUGCGUCACAUGCUGCUACUGGCCAUCCAGGAGUGCUCGGAGGGCUUUGGCCUGGCAUAAGGGGCGGCUCCAGCUGCCAAUAUUUUUCUACUGUCAGACUUGGGGAGCAACGGGAGGGAGUGGAACCGAGCGAUGCUCCUCCCCCUUUUCCAACCACCCGUGUGUGUGUGUGUGCGUGCCCUGCUGCCCCCCCCCCUUACUGAAGAGAGCCAGAGACCCCCAGCCAAUCAGCCGCCAUCGGAGGCGGGCCGGGGUGCAACCCGGAGAAGAGAAGAAGAAGAAGAAAAAAAAAAAAGACAAAUUAUAUAUAUAAAUAUAUAUAUAUUUUUUGGUUUAGUUUGCAUUUCUUAAUUUGUGCUUGGAAUGUGUUGACGAGGCGGUGGGAGGGGAGCAUUUGGAUUCUUUUGUCGGUCUCUUUCCUCGGCACCCAUUUGCUGCUUGGAAGGGGGAACCUUAAGGUUUAAAAAAAUCUCAAAAAAAGGAAAAAAAAUUAAAAAAAUAAAAGCGCACUCUUGAUAAGAA